AUGGGCAAGCCAAAAAGAAUUGAUGCAUUUUUUAAGAAAAAAGAUGCAGAUUCCAAUUCUAAAAUAUCUUCUUCCACAUCUAUUCCUCAAGCUUCAGCUCCUGAGCAACGUCUUUCUAAGAUGCUAAGAAUUGAAUCUCAAAUUGAGUCAGUUGACAUUUCUGCUAUACAACAUGAUCCAGGGUUACGUCCUCAAAUAUCGGAAUAUCCAGUUAAUCAACAGGAUGAAAUUAGACGUGCUUAUCUUAGAGACGGUCCAUAUAGAUUCAUUCCUUCUAACAGUUUUGGAUAUCCAUUUUCGGGAAUUGGAAAAAAUCGUCGAAGAUUUCAAUCAUCUUGGUACAAGAUGUUUAAUUGGUUAGAAUACUCUCCUACAAAAGAUGCUACUUAUUGUUUGCCCUGCUAUCUUUUCGGUAAAAAGCCAACGGGACGACCUGGAGCUAAUGCAUCUUCACCUCAUAAUAAUGCUGUUAAGUGUUGUGAUACUUUGAAGAAUCAAUCUCAACAUAUUGAAAAUGUGAUUGAUAAGCAAACUUCGGAACAAAAAUUGAACAAUCGAUUGCGAUUGAAGACUUCAAUCGAUUGUAUUCGUUAUUUAACAUCCCAAGGAUGUGCUCUUAGAGGUCAUGAUGAGGGUCCAGAUUCAAAAAAUCGUGGCAAUUUCCUUGAGUUGAUAGAACUUGUAUCCACAUACAAUGAGAAAGUUGCUAAGGUUGUCUUAGAAAAUGCUCCACAAAAUGCUAAAUAUACUUCACAUCAUAUCCAAAAAGAUAUUUUACAUGUCUUGGCAAAGAAGGUACGAAAUGCAAUUCGUGAAGAAAUUGGUGAUUCAAAAUUUUGUAUUAUUGUUGAUGAAGCACGAGAUGAGUCUAAGAAAGGACAAAUGGCUAUUGUUUUAAGAUUUGUUGACAAAGAUGGUUUUAUACAAGAACGUUUCUUUGAUGUUGUCCAUGUUAAAGAUACAUCGGCAUCAACUUUAAAGAAUGAAAUAUCUAUUGUUCUUUCUCAACACUGUCUUGAUAUUCAAAAUAUUCGUGGACAAGGGUAUCAUGGUGCUAGUAAUAUGCGUGGUGAAUGGAAAGGAUUACAAGCAUUAUUUCUUAAUGAUUGCCCUUGUGCGUACUAUGUUCAUUGUUUCGCUCAUCGAUUACAAUUAGCAUUAGUUGUUGCAUAUAGAGAGGUAGUUUCUGUUCAUGAGUUCUUCUCAAAUUUGAAUUUCACUAUCAAUGUUGUUGGUGCUUCAUGUAAACGUCAUGAUGAACUACAAGCUACUCAAGCAGCAGAAAUUGCACAUUUGUUAGCUGUUGAUGAACUUGAAACUGGAAAAGGAGCUAACCAAAUUGGCACUUUGAGACGAGCUGGUGAUACUCAUUGGAGUUCUCAUUUUCAAUCUAUUUGUAGCCUAGUAUGGCUAUUUAGUGCUACUUGUUCAGUGCUUGAAAAUAUUAUAAAUGAAGGAUCCACUUACUCUCAAGGUGGUGAUGCUAAUGCUGCUUAUAAAAUGAUUACUUCAUUUCAAUUCAUAUUCAUUUUACAUUUGAUGAAGGAAAUCAUGGGUAUCACUGAUGGCCUUUGUCAACAUUUGCAACAAAAAUCUCAAGAUAUCUUGACUGUUGUGCAAUUGGUUGAUAAUACAAAAAAAACUUAUCCAAAAGUUGAGAGAUGA